GGAAAAACACAGUGAGGCAAAAGAAGAAAAAGAUAUUCGAGAUCAAUGGGAGUAGAAAGGGGAAGUGGUAAGGGUCUGAAGCAGAUGUUAAAGAGAUGUUCGAGUUUAGGGAAGAAGAGCAGCGUCGACGUUAACUUCAACGGCGUCCCCAAAGGUCACUUCGUCGUCUACGUUGGUCACUCUAGAUCCCGACAUGUCAUCCCCAUCUCCUUCCUCACGCACCCCAUCUUCCAGAUGUUGCUGCAACAGUCUGAGGAAGAGUUUGGGUUCUUUCAAGACAAUGGCCUAACCAUCCCUUGUGAUGAACACUUCUUUCGAGCUCUCAUUUCCUCCAUUAAUCCUUAACGAGACAAAUUGAAGAAGAUCAUAUAUGUACCUACUUGCAUGUGUUAUGUGUAUAUCUUUUCUUCCUAAAUUAAUUAGUUCUCUCAUGUAUUAAUAGUGCAUCGAUAUCAUGUCCUUUGAGAGUUGUA